CCCUCCAUUCCAUCAAUCGAAAGCCUUCUUUUCAAUCAAAACCCUAGAAAUCCCACUUCGAUUUUUGCACCAAAAACAUGUCUCAGUCUCUUUCGAACCUCUGCAACAUCUGUCUGCCUUUCCCAUGUGAGAGAACCACAGCCGCUGUUACUUUUUCAAGGUUUCCCCAAGCAAAUAGGGUUUGCUAUAAGUGCAGUGGCAUCAAGGCCAUGGCAACUGAGGGAAGAGACAAUCUUGACCACUUGCGGAGGGCAGGCAAACAUAAUCCCCAAAAGAAGAGAGCCCCUCAAGUUGCACCCAUUGGGUUGUGGGAUAGGUUUCCAACAGCAAGGACUGUACAGCAGAUGAUGGAGACGAUGGAGAGGAUGAUGGAGGACCCUCUUGCCUACAGUGGUGGGUGGCCCAGUGAGAGUGGUGGUUACAGUAGGGGAAGGACUCCAUGGGAGAUUAAAGAAGAUGAGGGAGAGUACAAGAUAAGGUUUGACAUGCCAGGUAUGACCAAGGAUGAUGUGAAGUUGUGGGUUGAGGAGAAAAUGCUGGUCAUCAAGGCUGAGAAGAUGAGUGGGACUGAAGGAAAUGGGGAUGAAGAUGAUGAGGGAGCAUGGUCUGCAAAGAGCUAUGGCAGAUACAAUAGCAGGGUUGCAUUGCCUGAGAAUGUCCAAUUUGAGAAGAUUAAAGCAGAGGUCAAAGAUGGAGUUUUGUAUAUAACCAUUCCAAAGGCCAGUGACAACCCCAAGAUUUUGGAUAUCAAUGUGGAAUAAGGCCUUAUGAUACAUAAAAUGUAUCUACCUUUAUAAUUUUAAAAUGAAAGAAUGGUCCCAAAAUCUCUUAUUUUUGAAAGAUUUGGUUAGACAAUGUUUAUCAGAAA